AAGCAGUGGCAACAUGGCAGCUCUCUGAGUUUUGGUGAGCUGUAAAUAAACACAUUUCCCACGUCUCGCGGACCACGACAGCGCCCGGGUAUUCGCGUCGAGGACCGGCCGGAGCCGCGGAGGGAAGAUGGCGACUGACGGGACCAGGAAACAGUUCUGGAAGAGAAACGCAGCCAAGGUUCCUGGCAGCAUUCAACAUGUAUACGGAGCACAGCAUCCCCCCUUUGACCCGCUCCUCCAUGCCAAUCUAAUUAAAGCAGCCAACAAACAUCCUCCGGCCACACCAGGCAAGCCUAAGAAGGCGACCACCUUCCAGGAGUUUGAGAGCAUCACAAGUGACGCUUGGGACGUUGGGGAUGAUGACGAUGAGCUGCUGGCCAUGGCUGCACAGAACCUUAACAUCGAGGUGGUCAUGGAGACGGCCAAUAAGGUGAUUGAGAAUCACAGCAAGCAACAGGAACAACAGCGGCUGGAUGACUCCACAGACCUGGAACAGAGAGACGAGGACACACAGGACGAGACGGCGGAGGACGAAGAGGAGGAAGAGGAGAAUGAGGAGGAGGAGGUGGAGGAGAGAGUGGAGGAAGGCGACGUGACCAGCCCAGAGGUGUCGUUUGCCUCCCAGAGCAGCCCUUACACUGAUGGUCGCCUGGUUAAAUCCCACAGCGAAGCUCCAAUUGGGUCACCCAAAGAUGCAGCAGGUGAAUAUGGAGGCCUCCAGAGACAGCGGUCUCUGCCCCACCGGCCACCCCUCAUCCCUUUGGUGGCUCGCAUGGCUGACCAGAACACGUCUGGCACCCCAGUCAUGACCGAGAGGGAAGCGUCCCGUCUGGACAAGUUCAAACAGUUGCUGGCCGGCCCCAACACAGAUCUAGACGAGCUACGGAAACUCAGCUGGUCUGGAAUCCCAAGACAGGUCCGACCGAUCACGUGGAAGCUCCUCUCGGGUUACCUGCCUGCCAACGCAGAGAGGAGAGAGAGCGUCCUACAGAGGAAAAGACAAGAAUACUUCGGCUUCAUCCAGCAAUACUAUGACUCCCGCAACGACGAGCCCCAUCAAGACACAUACAGACAGAUUCACAUUGACAUACCGAGAACUAAUCCUCUUAUUCCUCUUUUCCAACAAGCUUCUGUCCAAGAGAUUUUCGAGCGGAUCCUGUUUAUUUGGGCGAUCCGGCACCCCGCCAGUGGCUACGUGCAAGGAAUCAACGACCUGGUCACGCCGUUCUUCGUGGUUUACGUCUUCGAAUACAUCGAGGAAGAAGUGGAAAACUUUGACGUGUCCAGUCUCCAGGAAGAGGCUCUGAGGAACAUUGAGGCUGACAGCUUCUGGUGCAUGAGCAAACUGCUGGACGGCAUCCAGGACAACUACACAUUUGCCCAACCAGGGAUCCAGAGGAAAGUCAAGGCCCUGGAGGAGCUGGUCAGCAGGAUCGAUGACUCUGUGCACCGUCACAUGCAGCAGUAUGAGGUCGAGUACCUGCAGUUUGCCUUCCGCUGGAUGAACAACCUCCUGAUGAGGGAGCUGCCACUGCGCUGCACCAUCAGACUGUGGGACACCUACCAGGCCGAACCAGAGGGCUUCUCCCAUUUCCACCUCUACGUGUGUGCAGCCUUCCUGGUGAGGUGGAGGAAAGAGAUUCUAGACGAGAGGGAUUUUCAGGGACUAAUGAUUCUCCUGCAAAACCUUCCCACGAUGCACUGGGGCAACGAGGAAGUGAGUGUGCUGCUGGCCGAAGCCUACCGGUUGAAGUUCGCCUUUGCCGACGCGCCAAACCACUACAAGAGAUGAUAAGCGUGGCUCUCCGCAGCUGCUCCCCCUCCUCGACCUCAUCUAUCCAUCCCCGCUGUCAUCUACUGAACUCAAAGGCCUCUAUUCCUACAUGGAAGGACCUCCCCCCCUUUUUCUUAACCUCCCCUUUACCGAAAUCGCCCAAAUGGGCCUUUCAGCAACUAAGAGAUUUAAAUCAACCAAUGAAUGGGAGGACUUGAGGUGUAGCAUUCGAACAUGACGAUGCGGAGCCUUGUUUUUUAUUGUUAUCUUUCUCUGAUCAGCUCUGAAAUGUGCACUCCUGCAGAGCCCUCCUCCUCCUCCUCAUCACCGACGACCGCAACUUUUUUUUGGUUGGCAUUCGAUCUGCUCCAGCUGACGCCUCAGAUUACGACCUCAGACCGGCUGCAGGAUUGCGAGCUGUUGCUCAGCACCGCCCGGGGUCUCGUCUGGCUCAGAACAAUGUCCCUCUCCGCUUACCGUUGAUUCCAGUACCACGGCAAUACAUUGUUCUUGGUUCCCUGAGGCAAAAAUGUGACCUUUUUUUUUCCAACGCCCGCAAAGACGAAGAAAGAAGGCAAAAGGGCACUGGGUGAGGUGGUUUACACAUCUAAGCACCUGUCUUGGUCACAAUAGCACCAAGGGACCUCUCCGGGUUUUUUUUUUUUCUCUCUCCACCAGGGACACGGGUGGUUUUCCUUCAUGAACACACCAGGGUUUUACACAGAGAGUGAGAGAGAGAGAGAAAGAGAAAGAGUGAGGAAAAGCAUAAUUUCUCUCCCCCCCCCUUCCACAAACCAGGCACAUCAGCUCACCUAAUUCACCCUGUUCUCCCAGCCGCACAGGGAAAGAUCGUAAAAUAGUUUAAGACAAAUAGUAACAGCCUGCAGAUCAUAAGAGUCGCACACACACACACACGUUAUCUAAGAAGGUAAUAAGCCAUCAGGAGGAAGAAAGCUACUCGUUCCCACUCAUUCGUUUCCCUCGGUCCUGCCGGUAUAUGGAGGGUCAUGUGUAUAACUCCUCCUUUCUGAACCUAAGACUACCUCAGAACACACAUUAAAAACCAUUGCAGCAUAUAUUCUGACAGAAAAACACACACAGUCAUGCACCAAUUAGUUAACUUACAAAAUAAACUAUUUGCAGUUCAUUUCAGAAACGGAUUUUGGGCUUAAAUAAGGAACAUGGUUUCUUUCUUUUUCCUCCCAUCUGUCUUCUGUCUAAUGGGCACAAUCUCCAUGCAUAGGAAAUAAAGCCAAAUGUUAACAAAGUGAUAAAAUAUCCUGGAUCUGCACCAAACUUUAAAGUGUUCUUCCUUGGGUCAUGCCCCACCCCUCCACAGAAUUUCAUGGAUAUUGGUCGCAUAGUUUAACGUAAUCCUGCUGAGUAAAGGUAAUAAUUCUGUAAAUCCUCCUGAUUAAAAUCAUCAGAGAUAUUGAAAGAUCAAUGUGUCGUGGACACACUGAGUUGUCCUGUUACUCAGCUUCAGGAUGGUUCAACUCGUCGAUUUUCUUUCCAUGUUUUUAUAUAAAAAAAAGAAAAGAGUCAGAAUCAUAGCUUUAUUUGUUCUUGUUGGAUUUUGGUAGGAAAUUCAGUUUGGAAUUUAUUUUCCUAGCAAUGGAACAGACAUUACAGAUAAAGAAUAUUCAACAUAACCAUUCAGUUGAGAUAGUUUUUCAUAUAAAUGAACAAGAAACAGUAGAUGCCUUUACAGCAGCCUUAUGAGUCUCGUGCGUUUCAGUUUAUCCUCGUUUUUG